UUGGUCGUCGGUGCUCCUGAAUCGGAUACAACAAAUCCCAACCUACGAGGGAUUCGUAGGCCGGGUGCCGUCUACGUCUGCUCAGUGAACAAGCCUACUUGUCGUGAAGUGCACGUUGAUAAGAAACGUACGUUCUUACAAAAUAACAACUCAGCACGGCCUACUCGGCUUUCAAUAACUUUACUUCUUCUGAGUGGAUCCAUUUGCUCAUCCCAUUCUAUUGACAGCGAGACAGAGAGACGGUCGUGUCCUUGGUAG